GUCGCCCAGCCCCAUGCCCUGCAGCGGCGGCGGAGGAGCGCGCGGCCGCGGGCGGCUCUAGGGGCCCGGAGCGAGCCGGCGACGGGGGGACCAUGUACCGGGACCCGGAGGCGGCCGGCCCAGGGGCGCCCACCCGCGAUGUCCUGCUGGUCUCUGCCAUCAUCACCGUCAGCCUUAGCGUCACCGUCGUCCUCUGUGGCCUCUGCCACUGGUGUCAGCGCAAACUGGGCAAACGCUACAAGAACUCCUUGGAGACCGUGGGCACGCCAGACUCAGGGCGUGGGCGCAGUGAGAAGAAGGCCAUCAACGAUCUAGACAGAGACUUUUGGAAUAACAAUGAGAGCACAGUGCAGCAGAAAUGGAGCUCCUAUCCUCCCAAGGAGUUUAUUCUAAACAUUUCACCCUACGCCCCUUAUGGCGACCCACGACUGUCCCUCAAUGGCACCCUCCUGUCGGGCGCCCAGGUGGCCGCUGCGGCGGGGCUGGCGGUGGAGCGGGAAGGCCGGCCGGGGGAGAAGCCAGCGCCGGUGCCGCCACCCGGAGAGGACGCCUUGAGAAGCGGCGGUGGGGCUGCCCCCAGCGAGCCGGGCAGCAGUGGCAAGGCGGGGAGAGGCCGCUGGCGGACGGUACAGAGCCACCUGGCCGCAGGGAAGCUCAACUUGUCCAAUUUCGAGGACUCCACCCUGUCCACGGCCACUACCCUUGAGUCUAUCCCCAGCUCCGCGGGAGAACCGAAAUGCCAGCGACCCCGCACUCUGAUGCGGCAGCAGAGCCUGCAGCAGCCGCUGAGCCAGCACCAGCGGGGCCGGCAGCCCAGCCAGCCCACCACCAGCCAGAGCCUGGGCCAGCUGCAGGCCCACAUGGCCUCGGCGCCGGGCCCCAACCCCCGGGCCUCCGGCCGAGUCCAGGCUCGGCAGGGCGCCUCAGCCGGCUCCAAGUACCGGGCGGCCGGUGGCCGCAGCCGCUCCAACCCAGGCAGCUGGGACCACGUGGUGGGGCAGAUUCGAAACCGAGGCUUGGACAUGAAAUCCUUCCUGGAAGGCAGGAUGGUGGUGCUAUCCUUGGUCUUAGGGCUUUCGGAACAGGAUGACUUUGCCAAUAUCCCUGACCUGCAAAACCCAGGAACCCAGCAGAACCAGAACGCUCAGGGGGACAAGAGGUUACCUGCAGGAGGGAAAGCAGUGAACACAGCUCCAGUGCCAGGCCAGACACCCCAUGAUGAGUCUGACCGCCGGACCGAGCCACGCUCCUCCGUCUCGGAUCUUGUCAACUCCCUCACCAGUGAGAUGCUCAUGCUCUCCCCAGGCUCUGAAGAGGAUGAGGCCCACGAGGGCUGCAGCCGGGAGAACCUGGGCCGGAUCCAGUUCAGCGUCGGCUACAAUUUCCAAGAGUCCACCCUCACCGUGAAGAUCAUGAAGGCCCAGGAGCUGCCAGCCAAGGACUUCAGUGGCACCAGCGACCCCUUUGUCAAGAUCUACCUUCUGCCAGACAAGAAGCACAAGCUGGAGACCAAGGUGAAGCGGAAGAACCUGAACCCCCACUGGAAUGAGACUUUCCUCUUUGAAGGUUUCCCCUACGAGAAGGUGGUGCAGAGGGUCCUCUACCUCCAGGUCCUGGACUAUGACCGGUUCAGCCGCAAUGACCCCAUUGGGGAGGUGUCCAUCCCUCUCAACAAGGUGGACCUGACCCAGAUGCAGACCUUCUGGAAGGAUCUGAAGCCAUGCAGCGAUGGGAGUGGGAGCCGAGGGGAGCUGCUCUUAUCUCUCUGCUACAACCCCUCUGCCAACUCCAUCAUCGUGAACAUCAUCAAAGCUCGGAACCUCAAAGCCAUGGACAUCGGGGGCACAUCAGACCCCUACGUGAAGGUGUGGCUGAUGUACAAGGACAAGCGGGUGGAGAAGAAGAAGACGGUGACAAUGAAGAGGAACCUGAACCCCAUCUUCAACGAGUCUUUUGCCUUCGAUAUACCCACAGAGAAGCUGAGGGAGACGACCAUCAUCAUCACCGUCAUGGACAAGGACAAGCUUAGCCGCAAUGACGUUAUUGGCAAGAUCUACCUGUCAUGGAAGAGCGGGCCCGGGGAGGUGAAGCACUGGAAGGACAUGAUUGCCCGUCCCCGGCAGCCGGUGGCCCAGUGGCACCAGCUCAAGGCCUAAGUGGGGCCAAGGGAGGCCCAGGGGGCUGAGGGCCUGGGUCCCCAUCAUGCCCCCACCACUUUAUGCACAAUGCCUGGCCUGGCCCCCCACCAUAGGUGAAGGGAGGACCCUGAGGGCUUGGCCAGGGAGGGGUCCCAGGAGUCGGUUGGGCCCCAUUUCAAGGAAGUACCAGCCUCAUCCUCCACCAGUCCAGCUCUGGGGGAGGGGCUCUGGGAGCCAUUUUCCUGCUUUGCCCCUUGCCUUCCUAACUUGCUGAUACUAAAGAAGUGGGGGAGAGUGUGAAGGCCAAAGAGGCAGAUGGGCAGAUCCCUCCAGAGACCCGCCAGGUGGGCAUAGUCCCCCGUUUUCUUUAAGGCAGCGCCUGGAGUGGAGAGAAGCUGCCCUCUCCCUAGUUCCCGAUGUGGGCCCAGGAGAGGGGAGGCUGAGGCGUUUGGCCCCAGCAUGGAUGGGAGAGGCCCAUCCCAGGGCAGUUUCAGGUGCUGGCUGGGCCCUGAAUGCCAAGGAUAGUAUAUAGCCCGCUCCAGGGUCCUGGAGCUGCAACGUGUGUACUUGGCGUCGUGUCCACCGUGUGUGUGUGUGUGUGUGCGCGUGCACGCGCGUGUGCAUGUGUGUGCACAUGUGUGUAUGGGGGUGGGGGCACACUUUCCCUGUCCUCCUGGGGUCCGCAGUGCAGAGAGUGCAGGCUUUCGUAAAGUGGGGUGGGGCAGGAGGCUGAGAGAGGUCAACGCACAGGGCUGGGGGUAGGCAAGGAGAGGUGGGUGCGGGGUGGGAGGGGAAAGGUGGGGUGGGGGAAGGGGAGCAAACCCUGGAGCUGCCUCCUGCCACCUCCACCCCACGCCCUUCUCUGCUCCAAGUUCUCCAGGAGCGCCUUGUCCAUUGAUUUCAUCUCUUGAACAUCAUUUCACACCUCUUCAGCACCUACUGGGCGUAUCACAAUCCACCAGGGCCCCCUCUCUUCCUCCUCAGGGGUCCCAAGCCCCCACUAGCUCUCUUCCCUUAACACACCCAUCCAUCCAGACGCCCUCAGCCUCCCCAGAUCUCAGAUCCCAGCCCAGCUGGCAGCGUUCUCCCUGCUUCCCAGGAGGCUGCUUCCCUGUCUGUGCAGACCUCUGCCACCCCUGUGCUCACACGCCGUCCCUUCCGUUUGAGGUGGGGGUCUGUAGCCCAGCUUUCCCGACCCCCCUCCCAUCUCCUGGGAGCAGCGCCUUCUGCCCCUCAGUUCAGGCAAAGGAAGCAGGGGAAAGUCCAGAUUGUGCAAAGUGGGAGGUUGCCCCGCACAAAGCCGCUGUGGCUUCUCUGCGUCAGCCGGGAAGGGGGGAAGGGACGAGAGCUGGCCUCCCCUUGGGGACAGCAGGUUGGGGUAAUCCCUGCUCGGCCGCUCCGCCCCCCGCGGGGCGCGGGCGUUGACACCGCGCGGGGCCGACCCUCCCGGCACUGGCCGCCGGGUGGCGCCGGACACCACGUCCACGGCCGCGUCCCGGGUGGGCCCGGCCCCAGGGGCUCCCUGGCUAGGGCCCCCGCUUGGAGCAUCGCCAAAGCCUGGGACUUGGGAGCCCUUUGCCCGCAGGAGCUGCGCGCACCAACACGGCUUACACUGGAUCCCCCACGCCUGCGCGCGUCCCCUCCCCAGAGGGUCUGGAGGAGCAUCCAGAGUGGGGGAGUCGCUGUGUAGAUUGAAGAGUGCCCUGGUAAAGCAAGGAGUCAGCCACAGUCCUUGUAAGCCCCAAUCUCUCUGCAUUGUACCUUUGUUGAAGAUGCACCAGCUGCGGGGCCACUGGGCGGGCUGGCGACCAGCCCCAGCGCGACGGGAGGGCAGCGCUCCACGUUGUGUGCAAGUGACCAGGGGGGCUGCGGGAGGCCUUGCAAGACGAGGGCUCUGUCACCUCCUCGCCCCCCCAGACCCUGUGUCCCUCCACCACGUGGUGCCAGCCCCGCCCGGUGUCCCCCUGCCCCAGGCAGAGCGCGAGGGGGGCGGGGAUCGAACCAACCAACCAACCUGCGACGGGGGCAACCGCAUCCCCCUUUUCCGAGCCCCGCCCCCCAGCUCUCGGCCAAUCGUAUGCGGAGAGCACCUUCGGGGGCGGGGCCUGCUCCCCUCGGACCACCCGGGCGCGCUGGUGAGCCCCGCCCGCCUGCGUCUUCCCAACGUCCAGAUGCGGUGCCGCGAGGCCAGGGAGAGGCAGCAGGGCCGGAGGGGCAGCGGGUGGCACGGGAGGGGCGGUAGGCGUGAGGGCGGGGGCGGGCUACAGCUGCAGGAGAACAGGGAUGGGGAGCUUGAGGCUGGGGGGAGGGCACGGAAGCCCUGCCACCGGCCCAGGACCGUGGGCAGAUCACCCACACUCGCAGGGCCUCAGUUUCCCCAUCUGUAAAAUGAUGGUAAUAAUACUUCACCUACCUCACAGGGGAGGUUGUGAGGCCGCCGUCACCUGACCUGGGGGUUUGGCAGGAGGACUGUGAAGGUGCUACCCGGGAGCAAAGUAUUAUUACUGUAGCCGGAAAGCAAGGCCUGCCUGCCCCUCCCCCUGCAGUCUCCAGGGAUAGCCGAGGCUGGCCUGGGCCCAUCUAUCUCUUCUUCACUGUGUCCCAGGCCCCUUCAUGAGCGUCAUCUGCUGUCUUUGUGGGCGCCCCAGACUUAGCUGUUAUCCUGUUCAGGUAUCCUUUCUUGUGACCGUCUCCCUACAUAACUGCUGUACAAAUUCCACCUGCCACAGGACCCCGCACCUGCCCACUGGCGCCAGACGCCAGGGAAGGGACAAGGAAAACAGCCACAAAAAAAGCCAAGGGGGCCUUCAGAGCCCCCAGCCUGGCUGGGGCCCCAGGGGUGGGGGUUGGUGGCCGCUGUUUGUAUUGUGUUGGAGUCCUUGAGUGCAAGUGUUUUAUUAAAAAAAAGAGAGAGAGAGAGAGAGAGAGACAGAUAGGCAGAAACCCACUAUGACGAGAAAAAAAAAAUGCAGCAAAGAGAAAUGAAGAAAAACAGGACAAAAAAAAAAAAAAAAGGAAAAAAAGAACCAUACGAAAUUUUUCCACCACAUGCACCCUCUAAGCCAGCAAGAUUUCCUCUUUGCAAAAUCAUAUUUUUGUGGGAAUGGGCCCUGCUUUUUGUGGCAGGGCCCGUUCUGAUCAAUAAAGGAUCGUGAAAAAGUAGGGCCUCGGCUGUUUCCUCUGCGGGCCCCAGUCCUACCUCACCUCCCAGGGGAAGAGGCAGUGGCGUGAGGGGGAUGGGGAGCCUGGGACUGAGUCUCCCCCUUGUCACCUUUGGGAUUUGGGUUCACUGGUGAUAAGGCUCUCCCUGAGCUUCCAGCCUAUGCUCAGAUCGAGAAUCUGAACCCACCAACUGCCCAGAAAUCAGGAGAGCAGCCAUACAUCCAUCCUGAUCAGGCCUGAAGUGAGGCUUGUCGGGAGUGGAGUCUCCUUGAGACCCUCUGGUUCACCCAGCCCAGCAUUACCUCCUGGUUCCAAGGGGACCAUCACAACCCUCCAAGGCAGGUCAGACAAUCCAAAGUGGGAUCCUCCACCUUCCCGACCUCCCUCUGAUUGCUGGCUGGCCCAUCGUGGUUUCAGAGCAGUGUCUCCUUCCUGGUCCUUGUGGGGACAAAGAAAGAGCUCCGGGUCUGUUGGCCGGAUCUUUGGCUUCUCUCCACCCUUUUCUGAUUUAAUCCUGUAGGAUUAGAAAAGUCUUUCCGACUCCAAAGAGGCCAUGGUCAAAUCCCAGUCUGAAGAAACUGGGCCCUGGUGUCUUCCUUCUCUAGCCACUGUGGUCCCGGGCAAGUAAUGUCCUUCUCCUGGGACCAGUGUCCUUAGUUCUUGAAAGAGCAAUAACCAUUCCCUUGCCACCCUACACACAGCCUGGGGGGAAGCUGAGGCCUGGCAGCUCUCAGGGUACUUUAGAAGGAAGGUGCUAAUUUGUCGCAGACACAAAAGGAACAACCGCACCUCUGUUACCAUGUGUCCCCCCACUGCCCUUGCCCCCCGCCAGAGCAAAGGGGGCCAUUGGGGUGCACCCCUGCUUUCCAGCACCUGGGGUGGGCAACUGCUUCCCUGCCCUGCACCAGGUACCCCCACCUAAGGCUGCCUGCCCUGUCCCCUUCUGCCCCAUGAAUUUCUUACAACCCCGCUUCAGUGUUCGUUAAAAGGUGGGUGUUUUGUUUUUUUUUUUUUUUCUUUUGGGCUUCUGAUCUCUGUCCCAGGGAUUAGAGGGAGCCCUAAGGUCAGGUAAGUAGUUUGAAGAGCACCCCAUGCCUGUUCAGGAUCUCUCUGGAACGAUGGCUCUGGAAAGCCAGGCCCGAAAGCAGGGACCCCCCCACACACACAUCAAGCCUGGCAGAUGUGGCAGCCCCUUGCCCAGGGGCUCCUCCUGGACUUUUUGCCUGGUUCUCCCUCUUCCACCUUGUUGGCUCUCUCUGCAUCCAUGCCUUCACCAAGAGAUUUACCCAUCUCUCCCUGUGCCUGGGACUGGUGGCCUCUGGUGUGCUCUGCCUCAUGCAAUUCCCUCCUGGAUCCUACUGCUUUCCCAAAAGCCAUCCUGGGCCACGUCCUGCUCUCCUCUCCCUCCCCAACAGACAAUGAUUGAACAUGCUGUAUGCCCCAGCCUGUGGCUCCCCUGACUAUUCGUGUCCCUUGAAGAUGCCCUGCUCCCAGUGUCUGUGUCCUGCGUGUAUGUGCAUGUGUGUGUGUGUGUUGUGUCUUGUUUAGAUUGUAAGCCCCCCUGGGCAGGGACCCCUGUCUGAAUACAUGUUCUGUGUGGCACACCCAAGUGUACUAAUAAACGUCCAUCCUCAGAA